CCGCCGGUAUCCAGUCAGUUGCGGCGGACGGAUCAUGCUAGCACUGACCCAGAGGAAAUCAAGAAAAUCAUCAAUGAAUCCAGAGCCAAUGAUAAGAGUGAAAUUGUUGAUAUACUAGUUGGGCAAGCUAACAAUGCAGAUCUCACAGUUGUUCCCAUCAUUGGAAUGGGGGGUCAGGGCAAGACCACAUUAGCACAACUUGUUUACAAUGAACCUGAUAUUCGUAAUCAUUUUGAUUUGCUACUAUGGGUGUGUGCCUCUGAAUGCUUUGACGUGGAUUCUUUGGCUAAAGCUAUAGUUGAAGAAGCUCCUAAGAAGAAGGAUGAUAGCAAAGAAGCAGAUGCUUCCAUGAAGAAUAAGACACCGCUGGAUAUCCUUCAGAAUGUAGUGCGCGGGCAACGGUACCUCCUUGUAUUGGAUGAUGUCUGGGCACGACAGGUUCAGAUUUGGGGAAAGCUCAAGGCCUGCCUUCAACAUGGUGGCAUCGGUAGUGCAGUCUUGACAACAACUCGUGAUGGUGGAGUGGCUGAAAUAAUGGGUACUGUUAAAGCUCAUAAUCUCGUAGCUUUGGAACAUAAAUUCAUAAAGAAAAUCAUCGAGACAACAACAUUCAGUCGUUUCAACAAGGCAGAGAAAGAAUAUCCGAGUGCAUGGAUAUCAACCAAAUCCGAGUUGAUGGAUCUGGUCGAUGUGAUUGUGGAGAGAUGUGCUGGCUCUCCUUUAGCUGCAACAGCAAUAGGCUCUCUACUGUGUACCAAGACGAGUAAGGAAGAAUGGGAGACUAUAUCAAUCAGAAGCAACAUUUGCACCGAGGAGACAGGAAUCUUACCAAUACUCAAGCUCAGUUACAACGAUUUGCCAUCACAUAUGAAGCAAUGCUUUGCUUUUUGUGCUGUAUUUCCCAAGGAUUAUGAAAUUGAUGUGGACAAGCUGAUCCAACUAUGGAUUGCACAUGGCUUCAUCCAGGAAAAGCAAGUUCGUCUUGAAACCAUUGGCAAACAGAUUUUCCAUGAGCUCGCCUCAAGGUCAUUCUUUCAAGAUGUGAAAGAAAUCAAAGCCACUGACCACAGCGUUAAAUACAGCGGGUUGUUUUAUUCCAGAACUACAUGUAAAAUUCACGAUCUUAUGCAUGAUGUUGCACUUUCUGUAAUGGGGAAAGAAUGUGCCUUGGCAAGUGAUGAACCAGGCAAGAUUGGAUCUGUUGUCGCAACUGAGGAAACAAGUCAGAGUGAGUGGCUUCCAAACACAGCUCGUCAUUUAUUUUUGUCAUGCAAGAAGCCUGAAGGAAAACUGGAUAGUUCUCUAGAGAACAGCUCUCCAGCUAUCCAAACUCUUCUAUGUGAUGAUACGAUGGAUAUUCCAUUGAAACAUAUAUCAAAACUUAGCACUUUGCAAGCACUACAACUACGUCCACGUUUUUCAUUUCGGCUAAAACCAAGGCAUCUACAUCACUUGAGGUACCUAGAUCUCUCAAGAAGUUGGAUCAGAGCACUUCCUGAAGAUAUGAGCAUUCUUUACAACCUGCAAACGCUUAACCUCUCUGGCUGUAAAGAUCUUGAAACACUUCCGAGACAAAUGAAGUAUAUGAUUGCCCUCCGUCACCUUUACACUCAUGGCUGCCCAAAGCUGAAGAGCAUGCCUAGAGAGCUCGGAAAACUUACAUCCCUACAGACACUUACAUGUUUUGUAGCAGAUAGUGGCUCUAAUUGUAGUAAUGUUGGAGAGCUCGGGAAUUUAAACCUUGGUGGUCAUCUGGAGAUACUACAACUAGAGAACGUGACAGAAGAUGAUGCAAAAGAAGCAAACCUCGUGAAGAAGGAACUAAGAUAUCUGACACUAAUAUGGCCCCAUAGAUCGGAUCUGCUUCGACUUGAGGAAACUAUUUGUCAGCUUGAAGCAAGAGUGCUCGAGGUACUUAAACCUCAUGAUGGGCUGCAUGCUAUAAACAUUCACUCCUGUGUAGCCAACACCUGUCCAACAUGGAUGGCUAUGUUGCAAAACAUGGUUCAGAUCCAUCUUUUUGACUGUAGUAAACUACCAUGGUUGUUCAGCGGUGAGCGUGAUGCAUCCUUUAUAUUUCCAAAUCUAAAGGAGCUUGCGCUAGACUGUCUUCAUUGUUUGGACAGAUUAUGGGAAAUAGAUAAUGAUGUGAUGCAAGGAGAAAAUACAAUGUUUCCUCUGCUUGAGAAGUUGUUUAUUGAACGAUGUGGUGAGUUGAAAGCUUUGCCAGAACAUAUGACCUUCCCUGAGCUCCAGAACGUUCAUGUUCAUGGAUGUCUUCCAGAGGUUACAACUGCAGCUAAAUCACCGAAACUAAGUGUAUUAGAUAUUGAAGCGCAUGAGGACCAGUUGGUCCUGUGGGUAGCUAGACAUAUUACUUCAUUGACCAAUGUGAACCUGCACCAUAACAUCUUUAGGUUCACUACUAGAGUUGAGCAUGGUUUGAGGGAAGUGCUGGGUGGCAAGGAAAAAUGGAAUGGUCAUGAUUUUCCUCUGACAGUUUUGGGGUUAUACGGUAUGUCGGGUGUAACAGAUUUUUGUGCAUGUUUUGUACACCUUCAAGAUUUGUCAAUUUGUUAUUGCGUUGCGCUCAAACACUGGCCAGAGAAAGAGUUUGAAGGAUUGGUAUCCUUGAGGACGCUUACUAUUGCGAACUGCAGAAGCUUAACUGGAUAUGCACAAGCUUCUGCUGAGGUAUCAACAUCAUCACAAACGAGUCUGCUCCUGCCACGUCUAGAGUCUCUGAGUAUACUGAAUUGUCGUGAGUUGGUUGAGGUCUUCGACGUCCCUGCAUCUCUCAAGACAAUGCAAAUUACGAGAUGCUAUAAGGUUGAGUCCAUAUUCGGCAGGAGGCUACAUCAGGGACAGUCGUCAUCGUCGAUUCAGCAAGGGGCAUCUUGUAUACUAGAGGUGCCAUCAUCAACACCUGGAGCUGGGGUGGAGCGUUUAACAUUAGAAAGAUGUGAUGGAUUAACAGGGGCCCUCCAUCUUCCCCAGUCACUCAUGUAUCUACAUCUUUGGCACUGUGAUCAGUUGGCAUCUCUAGAAUCUCGCUCGGGAGAGCUCCCAUCAUUGAGGCGCCUCAUGCUUGAGUAUUGUCCUACACUGUCAUCCCUACCGGAUGGCCCACAAGCAUACUCUUCUCUCGAAGAUAUUCGCAUUAGAGACUGCCCUGGCAUGAAGACGCUCCCUGCAAGCCUGCAGCAACGGCUAGGCAGCCUCGAGUGGGAAAGCAUAGAUGCCCAUUAUUAUGGAAAUAAGCCUAUGCUGCUGAAGCCUAAGACGUGGAAAUAUGCCAUCCGUAGAGAUUAGAGUGGAAUACCUGUGUGGAAGUUUUCAUUCAGCACAAACAAAUGGGGAUGAGAGAUCACUUGGAGUAGAGAGGAAGUUCCUGCCAUGUUAAACUGCAAGAUCAGUAAUCCUAAAGUGCUCCUAUAAUAUUAUUAGCUAUCAUUCUGUUACCAGAUGAGAAUUGAGUGAUAUUUUCCAUAUAUGUGGUUGAUGACUUGUCUGCACAUUAACCAAUGUUCCUGUUGAAACCUCUGGCCCUUGUUUAAUGCAAAAAAAUUGCUGUCA